UCGAACUUUAAUACGAUAAUUUAAACUACUAUCAUUUAUAAAGAGAGAUUCAAACUUGAGUGCAAAGGGGCAGACACACCAACUCCGUUGACUAACUUGAAACAAAUAGAAGUUUGGAUAUUUGAUAUCAGGAAAAUGAACUUGUUGUUUGGUGGCAAUAGACUGAGGAUCAUUUUUUGAUGCAGCUUGUUAACUUUGGCUUGAGACUUUGGCUUGAGAUUACAGAUAUGCCUUCACCACCUUUUGAGCCGCGAAAGGAGCUUCACUUGGCUGUCACCUGCAGCAUUGCGUCUCAAGGGAAUGGAAGGCACCAACCUCCUCGGAGACGAUCAGAAAGGAGGAGCAACAAGGAUGGAAGUAAGAAACGGGGAUCCAGAAAAUCGAAUGCAUCGAGCCAGGAAGAGAUCAUUACUCUGUUCCGACCAAUACAAACUUCGAUCUCAAAAGAAGAGGCUGUGGAGGAUGAGAAGAUUAGCUCCGAUGACUUUGAAGAUAGGCCGCAUUCUGAUUCGAUUCUUCGGGCUCUUCACGGUUUAAGGAAUCCAAAAGUUAAUGUAGAUGAGCUGAACAUCUUGCAAAAUUUUGUGAAACGAUCCCCAAUUCCACCACAAUCAAUCCCAAGGUCGAAGUUUCUUCAGCUGGAUAAGGGAGCAACACCUUCAGCGACCAGAAGGUCUGGAACCGAGGAAUUAGAUUUGGUAAGAGAGGAAGAAAUGAAACUCCCCGAGCUGAAAGAACUCGCGAAGUCGAGAGGAAUUAAAGGUUACUCAAAAUUUCGCAUUUACUUCUUCAGGUUCAUGCAGUCGUAG